CUCUCUCUCCAUCUCUUGCUUUCGCUCUCUUGCGACAUGACAUUGUCCAUGACAUUGUCGCGAAGUCGCAAAGGAGAUGGUGAAUGAGUCGGAAAAGUGGGCUCCGGCCCUUCGCUUCCACGCAGCUGGCACUGAAAUUGACCAGUCGACGCCUUCUUAUUUGUUCUAGGCUGGUGCGCUAUUGACGCAUCAUCCCCGGCCGCCGCCGUGUCGUGUGAGCGGGGCCCCUUAGGUACUGUAUAGUACCAAUUCCGCAGGCUGGCUGGGACCGUCUGGAUGGCUCGCCCAUUGGUGCGGGCGCGCGAGUCAUUGCCAAACGAGAGGGCCCGCUUGCCCCGUGUGGUGGAAUGGGGCCGGCCUUACAGAUUCGCUUGUUGUGCUUUUCUCGGCGGACGAAACGAGAUUCCUUUGGUUCUCUGCCUUCUCUCUUGGGCUGGCGAGCGAGUCGGGAAAUGUCAAGGUUGCAGCCCCGUGGAGGCACUAAGGGCUGACACAGAACUCCACAUGCUACCACGAAGGUCGCCUUCCCGCAGAAGACGCAGGGAGGGGGGGCAGCAUGGCAUGUCAGCGAGGCUUUCGGCGACGGCCACCUGUCAUGGCGACAGUGAAAAGUGACAGUGAUGGCGACAUGACGCUACCCCUACCAGGAUAGCGAGAGAGACGGUGGGGGCGGUGGAGAGAAAUGACCAACAAACAACCUGAAGCCGGGAAUUGGGCCUGCCCUGACGCAAGCAUGGCCGAGGAUCUCGGGGGAUAGGCACAGGGGGGAGGAGGAGAAAGCGAAACAGGCUGGGCCGGGUAGACACCCCCCAACUUGUAUCGCCUGGUAGACGUAUGGAACUCGGAACCUCCUAGCCCUAGAUAAGGGGCGCAUUUCUCUUAGCCUGCCUCGUUGCUUUCCAGUCUAGUCGGCCCUUAGAUGCCAGAUACCGCGGUCCUGCCAAGCCGCCUCGUUCCUCGCAAGGCUUUAUUUAAGAUAGAGACGACAGGGGGGGCCGGUAGCCUGUUGUUGUUUUUGCUACCGGGUUUUUGCUCCCUCCCUCUCUUCUCCCCACGUUGCUUAUGUAUGUAUGCAAUGGGCUCCGCCGCCUGUCGAUCGCGAACCUCUGUUUGCUUUUUUCUUCUUUCGUUGUAUUGCGUCUUGCCUUUCCUUCCCGCAUAGACAGCAGGGAACUACCUGGGUAGCUAGGUCCCUCUCGCUGGCACGUUCGUCGACACCACAACAUCCCAUUCACAUACGAAAAACGAAGGCCCGCGUCACGUGCUGCCGAUCGAACCACUCCUCACACACGAGCCCCCCGCCGAUCGACCACGCACCACGCACGACCACUGUCUGGGGAGAUGGCCCCAGGGUUCACGAUGCUGCCGCUGAUGGGCGGAGGGGGAGGGGCGGAGAGUGUCGGGGCGGCGGCAGACAGGCUGGCCGAGAGCCAGGGGUACGUGCUCGACGGCAUCUCGAUCGCCUUCAUCGUCCUCACCUCGGUGUUUAUGGCGCUCCGCUUCUGGGCCAAGAACUUCACCGUCGCGUCGGUGGUGUUCCUCGACGACCUGUUCCUCGUGGCCGCCUAUGUUGUGAACCUGGCCAUGUGUGCUAUGGGGUUGGUAAUGACCCGCGUCGGCGGCGUCGGCCACCACGUCAAGUACCUCGAGCAGCACGAGCCGGCCAAGCUGACCGGCUGGGCGCAGUGCAUCCUCGCCUUUGAGCUCAUCUACUUUGUGUCCAUGUGCCUGCCCAAGAUGGCCAUCGUGUUCCUGUACCUGCGCGUGCUCAACUGGAAGGGCCCCAUGCGGACGCUGGCCUUUGUCGUCCUGGGCCUGCUGGUCGCCACGUCGCUGGCCUUUUUUGUGACGGCCUGCUUCCAGUGCCGGCCCAUCGCCUUUUGGUGGGACAAGUCGCUGCCCGGCGGCGUCUGCAUCGACGUCCAAGCAUUCUUUCACAGCCAGGCCAUUCCGGGCAUCAUCCUGGACGCCAUUGUUAUCGCCUUGCCGUUGCAGACCGUCUGGGAGCUGAAGCUGCCCGUCGCCAAGAGGAUCGCGCUGGUGCUGAUUUUUGCGGUUGGGAGCUUCGGCAUGGUUGCCUCGAUACUACGCGCCGCAACCUUUUUCAAAACAUCUGCAUUCGGCGACCGAACCCUCGCGUCGGUCGAGCUCGUUGGCUGGUCCAUCAUCGAGACGAGCACCUACAUCAUCACCAACUGCAUGGCGUCCAUGCGCCCGCUCGCGUCGCGCUAUGCGCCCGCCUGGCUCAAGGCGGCCGCCCACUGGACUACUUCGGGCGGCGUCGGCAGCGGCGACAAGUCCGGGAACCGCCGCCAGAGUCGGUCGUACCCCCGGCAAAAGUCGCAGCUUCAGUCGGACGAGCUCGAGCUCACCCGGCCGUCGUCCAUGUACGGGUCGCGGACGGUGAUAGAAGCGGGGGUGAGGCAGGAUUGAGGGAGGGGAAAUGGAACAAAAAAAAAGGAACAAAAACAUACUAAUGAACAGACUUUACUGCCCAACAGGGAGGCUUAUAUACGGAACACGUGGGCGGCGUGGUUGCCUGGAUGAUGCAGGCCAGGAUAAUACCAGGAACGGAAUACUCUAUCAACGGCUUUGGCAGACUUGCCCUUUUGUCUUUUAUUUCCUUUUGAGUCUAGCUAGAUACCCUUCUCUUCGACCACCGGCUUUCAAAACCCCAGAGAGCGAUGCCAACGAGACGCGUGCCUGCACACAAUGAGGUUUUGGGUGUUGCAUAAGAUGGCGUGGAAGCAUCCGGUCUCCUUUGCUAAACAUUCUUCUACCACCCUCCUCUCUCUGCCAAAAUAGCACCCCGUCUCACACCCGCUGCUUCCUCCAUCUUUACUUCCCC